AUGCUUUUAGAAGGUGUCCAAGAAGAUCUAACUGUAACUACAACUGAAAAAAGAAGGCUUGAAUUAUUGUACGGGAAUGAAGAGGAAAGAGAAAGAGAAGAGAAAAGAGGCACUAAUACUGAGACACCUAUAUUUAAUAUCACAAAAAGUACCAAUACGGAAGGAAGUGAAACGGAAACAACGGAUGUGGAUGGCUCUUUAGUAUUAUUAGAAACCCAAAUACCGAAUGCCAUGGAACAUAUUCAUACUAGCAUUAACAAUUCUCUAUCAUCAUCUUCAGAAAACAGUAGUCUAGAUGUACCAAUUGUAAGUACAGAAAAUGACUCGACUACCAAUAAUUUACAAAAAUACGAGGAUUUGGAAAAGAAAAACAAUCUUAAUAAUAAAACAAGUCAACGAAAUGAUAUUUGUGAGGAAGAAAAAAAUGAAAUAGAAAACGAUGAUGCUAACGAUCUUGUUUUCAUAAAUACUCAAAUACAUGGAAAAUUAGAGGAACUAAACGAUAAAUGCAAUAGAAUAAAAAGGUUUAAAAGUAAUUUGCAAAGUUAUAAUCAUGAUAACAGUGGCAACACUAACAAAGCUAUUUGUAAGGAGUCUUCAUUUUUUAAGAAAAAAGACCUGAAAACCAUCACUUCAAUAAAUACGAUGAAUUAUCUUAAUAACAAAACAAAUAAUAAUAGAAAGGGGAACAAUAUUAGAAGAGAUAGUAAAUCUUCAAAAGUUAUUGCAUUAUUAUCUGGCAAGAAAAAUAAAAUAAAAGACGUUUUUGACAAAAUACUUUUGAAAAAGGAUAAUACUGAUAACACUAAUGAAACAAAUGUCUCAUUACCAAGAGAAAGAACCACUUAUGAUGAAGACGAAUGGCUAUUUAUUUUACAACUAAUGAAGGAAAAUCUAAUGAUUCAGCCGUCUAAAGAAGAAAUAUUGACAUUACGUAAAGAGUUAUAUUCCGAGUACGUUAAUAAAAGACUUUGUAAUGCGAGUAAUGAUGCUUGUGAACAAAGUGAAUCUCCUUUAAUAUGGGAAAAAUCACAAGAUAUUCCAGAGACUUCAAUUUUGUAUGAACUAUACAAUGAAAACUGUAGUAUUUCAGCCGCUACUGGAACUUCUACUUCAAGAAAUAAUCAAAAUCGUAACAAUAAUUCGAAUAUUCUUAUGUCUUUAUCCCAGGCUAUGUAUGAUAACGACACAAAAAGUAAAGAUGAAGAAACAAAUACUUAUACUAACAAUAUACCUAUAGACUCACAGGAAAGUUUGAGCAGUGAUUUGAGUGUUAUAGAAAAUAGCACAGCGGAAGAGGAAGGGAGCAAAAUAUUUUUUGAUGAAAAAGGUUCAAAUUUAGAUACAUUGAAUACGAUGCUCAACAAUGAUACACAGUUUUAUACUCCAUUUGAAACACCUUUCAGAUCGCCCUCGAAGAGUGCCAUAAACAGCCUUAAAAAUGACGAUGACGAUAAGAAUAGUACUUACAAUGGUAUUAAAAUACAAGUACCCGCUACUAGAACAAACACCAUAGGAAGCACGUUAGCUCCGUGUGAUUUGUCCUUCCCUAUUACCACUGAUAUUAUUGCCAACGAUAAUCGAAAAGACACUGAAAAUACAAGUUCUACUAGUUCUAUUUCUGUUAUUCCUGAUAGCCAAGAUGAUGAACAAGACGAUACCACAUUAUUUAUUCAAGAAGCCGAGGUUUUUAUCUCACCUGUUAAAGUAGAGAAUAGAAAUAGGAAUUCACCACUCAAAACAAAUAGCGAUAAGAUAACUCUCUUUGUUGCUGAUAGUAAUACCGAUAGUAGCAAAAAGGACUCCACUCCUCCACCUAAGGCUUCUGAAUUAAGAAUUCAAUUGAAAGAGAUUGGAUUAAAGACAAGAAACUCAAGUACUAGCAUAAUGUUGGAAUCCUUAGAACUAUUUAGAUCACAAUCCUACUCUAGUAAAAAUGAUAUAUUUGAUGAAAUUACGAAAAUAUUACUAUUAAAAAGUGAUAAUGACGAAGAAGAUUUUUUACAGAAAAUUUAUUGUUUUCAACCUCUUUCGUUCAAUGCAUUUCACACUUAUCUUAAAUUGCAUAAUUCUAUUUUCCAAUUUGUAGAUGAGUCCACUAUUAAGGAGUGGGCUGAUAAUCAAGGUAUUUGUUUUAAAUAA